CUCAAACGUCUGCUACUUGGCGUGUGGCUGCAGUCGACCUUGCCUGCAGCCGCCGAUUUCGUUCCAGCCGCAUAGCGUCGUGCUCGCACCAUGUCUCAACGCAAACUGGGCACCAACUAUGCUCUGCCGGACAAUCCAGAAUGGAUCACCUUCCCUCGCUCAGACGGUGACCCGGGCGCCCUCCCCAAGAACACGCAGCGUAUCGUCGACUCCAAAGGCGAAGUCAACUACAUGCGCCCCGUUCAGCUCGACGAGGGCCAGGCCAUCAACUGGCGCGUCAACGUCGGGGCUCAGGUCGCCAACUUGCUCAACUACCCCAAGGGCCCAAACUACGUGCUCCAGAAUUGGCCCGAAGGCUACCAAUUUUACGACCACAACAAGGGUCCUGCCAAAUCUCCGCGACACGACCCAUAUCUAUGCGGUUCGACUCUCGUCAACCGCUUCCGCUCGACCAACGAGUUCAUCCCUCACGCCGUCUGGCUCAUGUCCGACGAAACUCUGAACCGCGGCAACUGCGAAUGCAAAUAUUGCGCCAAAAAGCCCCAGCGCGUCGUCACGACCGUCCUCGACCUCCCCUCCGCCGGUUCGAGGCGCGGGUCCUCCAUCAUGAGCAGCCCGACCAAGUCGAUCCGCCGCCACCGCGAGGUCCGCAAACCCAAGCCCUACGCCCAGGUCCGCCGCGCGCCCAAGCCCGUCAAGCCUCCCCGUGUCGGGCCGGAGCAGUCACUCGUCCCGGAGCGCGACAACGAUGUGAGACACUCCCUCAUGACGGGCCACUCUAGCGGGCCGAGGUGGCACAGGAAGGGCGAGCUCGUGUGGUGCGUGCUCAACCCGCCGAUAUGGGGAGAGAAACCGGACGACUGCAUCCUGUUCUGGCCGGGCGUCAUCGAACGCGUAGAUGUUCACGGCGAUGUGCUGCGAGAUGAAAAUGCGGUGGACAGUGCAUCUGACAGCGCGCCCGCGCAACCGCCUGAGCCCGGGCCAGGCCCGGCGUCGGAUGGAGGGAGCUCGCAGGUCGUCGCGGGGGACGUGAACGCGAAGCCGCCCUGGGACGUGCGCCAGUGGUACUCAUACAACGUGAAGCUCCUCGCCGUGACGCACGCCUGCGCCGCCUCCGACCGCGAAGUCUUGCCCUACCUCGCGUACGCCCCGCCGGAACAGCUCCUCGGGAGUCUGCAGGACCACCUCCAGCAGAUCAUGCACUCCAAAGCCAUCGCGGAGAUGGACAGCGACCUCAGCCACACCUUCAUGUUCAACCCCGUUUCCUUGGCGCAGUCUGCGCGAGGCCCCUCCGCCGCCGGCCCCUCCGCGAUGCCCGACCCGGACCCUGUGCGUUACAGCGAGGCCGUCGCCCCAUUUUCGCUCGCCGUGCAGAUCGCGUCGAACGUAGCCGGGUUCUGGGGCCCGACGGACGAAUGGGAGUGCAAGUUCACUGUCCCGCUCAACCAACCGCUGCCUCCGCCGCCGCCCGCCGAGCCCCGCCUGCCCACACAGGAGUCCGACGCCGGGCUCACUCUCGAAGCGCUACUGAACCAAGCCGCGGAGAACAACGCUGUCGACGUGACGCACCGGCCGACCGCGCAGAACAUCGACGUCGACGGCGUGUACCGCCCGCCAGGCAUGUCCGACGCGGAGUUCGAGGAGGUGCGCACGCGCGUGCUCGGGCCCGGCGGACCCACGCACGUCGUCACCCAGACGCGCUACCAGGGCCUCUGGUGGGGCGCGGAGCGCAUCUGGACGGACGAGCUCGUCCGCCUCAAGCUCGCGCGCUGCCAGUUCGCCCCGCGGGGCAGCGGCUACGCGGAGGUCAUCAACGAGGGCUCGAUGGGCGCGGGGGAGAAGGGGCUGUUCAUGCUGCUGGAGGGCCUGUUCGUCGUGGACGUCCUGAGGGAGGACGGGGAGGGCCUGACGAAGGAGUGUCGCGCGUCUGGGCAGCUGUACGAGCUUGCAGACGAAGAUUGGGAGGACCCGAUGGAGCCCCAGGAGCCCCCUCCUCAGGCCAAUGGAAACGGCAAAGGUAAAGGCAAGGAGAGAGCUACAGAUACAGGAGAGGGGGCUUCCAAUGGGGUCGUUCCGCCGCCGGGUCCGUGGGGGCCUUCGUUCAUGCCUGGACCAUCUCCUCUGAGACCUCCACCACUGCCCAACCCUGAUCCCACCGUCUCCGUCGCAGACACUGCGGAGGCUGCCCUCGCGCAGACGACCCAAGGCUCAGGCAAGCCCAAAUCCCGCACCGUCGGGAGCCAACUGUCCCAUCCCGCAAACUCGGUGCCGUAUCCGUUGCCGAAAGCUCCAAAGGGCUUCAAGUUCCGGCGCAUACACCCACCUGGACACGAAGUCGUCCUGUCGCUCCCUCUGAUCAGCGGUCGAUACUAUCCCGGGCUGUUGGAACACCCCCUCAUGGGGCCGAUCAUCGACAAGGCGUUUGCUGUCCCCUCGCAUGAUGGUGGGUUGGAGAAGAGCAGACACAUCUGGGCUAUGGAGGGAUUGGUCGCUGGUGUGCAUCAGUCCAUGGACCCGACUAUCUGGAAGCCGUCGCGGAGUACGAUGUUCAAGGACGCGGACGUGGAGUCCAGAGGGCACUUCAAGGCUCUGUGGGAAGAGGUCAAGGAGGGCCGACAGAUGGACCUUUCCCAGUUCAUCAACCCAGAUAUUAUGGACGUGGAAAUGCGCUGAGAUUAUGUUGUCGACUUUGUUCAGCUGUGAUACUCGUUGCUUGCUGGGUAUGUUGGCUGUUUGCUGUGUCUUCAAUAUGUAGUGUCCUCAGUUCCAAUUUCCUCCUCCAUGUAUUAAUAAUGUCCACAAUGCAGGGAAUCAAUGCAUACGGAGUGAGUACGCAUAAAACGAGUGUAAAUGGACAUGUCGACGAUUAUACCAAAGAUAUAUGUUGCGGAACGUCUGCGGUAUCCACCGCACUCCUAUGCCUCAUCCCGCAUUUCACGUCUGGCGACUCAGUACGUACGUGCGCAAAUCUUGCCAACCUACGCGAAUACAAGUCAGUCAGCAGAUCAACGCGUUCAACGCGGGUCAGCAGACGCGCACCUCCUCCGACACGACACAUCACCCGCUUCGACUUCCCACCACUCGUCCCGGGUCUAGAGAGCGUCGUCAACUUGCAGUUCACGAUCUUAGUCGUGAGCGGGCCCGUGAACGA